AUGGCGACGACCAACGACCUCGACCUGGCGAGAGGCGUGAAGGAGGCCGUGUCUGCUGGACGUGCGACGUCUGCGACCGUGUCAACACUCCACACGCUGCUCGGCACGCCAGCACCGCCUCCCACAUCAACAUCUACAUUGCCAAGUUCCACGCGGACCGCGAAGGCAUCGAAUGCGCCCAGAGCAACAAAAGCAGCCUCCCCGUCUGCUAUCAGCAAGGCGACUGUUCACGUGCACGAGGAUGCCUCGCAACUGCUGGGCCCCCAGGAACGAUACGCGCUCGCCGCCGAAAUCGUAAAUAUUUCCCUCCAGCUUCUCAGCGAUGCCGCCAAAUCGCCCCCGCCAUCCUCGCCACCACCAUGUGCGGCCGACCGAGCUCUGCAGGUUCGUGCGGGCAAUGCCACUCCUGUCACGCUCGCGAACCCGGAAUCCAAGCACGAUGAGCUACAUUCUCCUGCAAAGCAUCGAGCGCAGGGCCUGUCUGAAAAGGCCACCGAUUGGACGGCGACAGCACAGUGCUCGAGGCUGGCCUUUGCUCACCUGCGUUCCGUCAAUCCCGACACGUUUGGCGUGAAAGACCUGCCAAGGCUGCAGCUGGAGAAGGGCAUGCUAGCCCUGGCCGGCAAGUUGACUCUUCUCCAUCUCGACAGCCUUGCCGCAAAGGAACUUUCCGCAGCAAAGAAGCGCUUCCUGCUUCUGCAGUCGGCACAUCAGCGCACAGUCGAUGCGUCCAGCAAGACUGCCGACAAGCACGGCUUGGCCAGCCUUCUUCAGGUCGACAUUGAUGCUCAAGCAUUUCCGGAAUUGCUGCCGUUGCUGAUCACAUACCAUGCGAAUGUGCUGAAAAUAAUGGCCAGGUCGCGCACGCCAGCCAUAAUCGAAGAAGCACUGCAAUACCUGCAAAUAGGCUCACCAUCUUCACCAUUUGAAACCAUCGUGGCACAACAACGCGUCGACGGCGAUCAGGGAAAGGCUGUCCGCCACUUGGGAAACUUGUAUUGUGCUAUCGUACGGCUGUGCCCGAGCGCCUCGAGCUCCAAAGACGAUGUAGCAUGCAGCCGCGCCAAAAGUCCUUCGCCAUUGACCGCCUUUAAACUCCAAUCUCUGGCUCUGCGCAUACGUCAGGAGAUGUGGAACAUUGCUGGUCAUAAGAUAGAUGUCGAGAAGGACCUUGCGGAGCCGUUCAGUAAAGCUUUGGGCACUUUCAUGCGAAGGAGUUCCGCAGCUGCCGGCAUCACAGAAGCAUACAAGGUAUGCAGUGAUUCGCUUGUUGAACUUGGACUGGCAACACACAAGGAGACGAGUUCUGCCAUGUCCGCAGUCUCGAGAGUCUUGUCAACACUUGCCGAACAAGCUGGCCUAAUAGAUCAGUCUCUUGCUCAUGCAGACCAGGCGCUAGCCCAAUGCUCAGGGCUCGGAAACCGCCACGCUCGAUAUCUUGCUGCCCUCACAAGGACUCUGUGCCUGCGUUCGCCUGAGUCAUUGUCGAAGGGCGCUGCCUCUGACCUGGAGGUAAUUGAGCAGGGCCUGUUACAAAGUCUCAGCGGCAGCGGGACUGAUUACGAGAUGCUUCUGACGGAGCUCGACCACCUCAUUUCGUCAAGGCCGAAGGGUUGCAAUGAAGAAGUGCGACACAGACUACAAUCCUUGGGGAGGGCGGCCGGCGCAUUUGCAUCCCGUUUUGCGAAGUGUUGUCCGGGAAAGCAGACAAAGACUGUGACAGACCUGUUGGCGCUCGCACUCUACCAUAGCAAAAGCAACGAGGAACUGGUCUCCUGGACGAGCCAAGACACUAUCAAAGCUCUUUUACAAUCUGGUGCUCUCACGAUUGUUUGCGAAAAUGCUACCACUCAGCCCGCGUCACGAGCAUGGUCAUCAACCACGGCUGUUCUAGCGUUAAGCAGAGCUCUCAAGGGUUUCGUGCUCAGAUCACUCGCCUCUGGUUCUGCAAAGGAGAGCUCUAUGCUUUUCGAUGAGGAUCAUCUUUCCCCAGACGAACGUGGAAUCUUGCUCGAAUGGCAAUUGCGAUGCGCCAUCGACGUGGCACAGAAGCCGAAAUAUCAUGAGGCUCUUGCAAAGCUGAUACCAAGCGCUUUGAGAGAGUUGAGCCAGGUCUACACAUGCGCCACUUUUCCAAUACGCCGGGCAAGGAUCGCCGCUCUGGCUCUGCGUGUUCACGAGCAACAUCCUGGCCUUCUUGCUCCCCAUGCCCUUCAGGUGUUCAAGAACGCGGAGCUUUUCGACGAAGAUUCUUUGGCAAGUGAUCAGGGAUUGCAGUCCUAUGCUUUAGAUGUCAAGACCUCGAUAGCAGUGUCGCAAGCCCUGCGUCAAGGUCAAAAGUCCAGCUGUACCCUGAAGAGUCAUUUGGCGACAUGGCAGACGUUGAUCGAUGGGGCGCGAGAUGCGAAGACCCUAGAAAAGUCCGUUGAAUGUCCUACGACUCUGCUGGCUCAGCUCAUCGCUGUGUACGACUACUUUGGCAUGCUUGCAGACGACGAGGCAAGAUUGCCAGUUGCCAGAAUGAUAUCGCAGAUCGAACUGUUGUGGGGUGCAGAUGGUACCAGGUGGCUCAAUAGUCUUGUUCGCUCGGCGUCUGCCUACCUCUACCUGGGAUACGCUGAAAAAGCGGGCGAGAUUUUCGAAACCGCUAGCAAAGCGGUUGAAGGACACGAGACAUUGGAACUGGAAGCUCUCGAGUUUCAAAUCCAUCGAGCUGAAUAUCUCUUGGCCAUCGAUAAGUUGGGAGACUGUCAAGCCGCGCUACAGACUGCUGCGCAGGCUCGAGAAAUCUUGCAGCCCAAGAAGAUUCGACAACAGCAGAGCACGGCCUACAGAUUACUCCAUGUCCGAGCGUGGCUUCUCCGAUCAAAGUACUUACUUGCUAAUGGAAAUGCGAGUGGCGCUCUCAGUAGUGCAAAGCAUGCCGUGAAGGUAGUCAACGGAAUCUGGGCAGCUCUCGAACGCAAGGAUCCUGUUAUCGAUCGGUGCUCCGUAAAGGAUGUAUUAGAGACCACUGAUAAUGAUCGGAGCCCAGUAGACAGCUUGACCCGAGGAGUAAGCAAGCUCAACUUGAAAUCGUCCGACGAGGAACGUGCCGCAGCUGCUCAGGAGCCAAGAGGUGCCGCAUUCUGGCCGGUUGUGCGACUGAUGUGCGAUACGCUCACCCACCUCUGCGACGUGUUCGUAAGACAUGGAGUCUUCAAUGAAGCCAAUUGUGCCUCUGAGAAGGCAGUGAAGACUGCCAGCGCUGCUGGGAAUUGUGAGUUGUCAUCGCGAGUUCGAUCUCACAGAAGCAUCUUUCUAGCUACUACCGGGAAAGUCGAAGAAGCUGAGCUAUGCCUUGCUCGCGAUCAAGAUAAUAGCACUUCGCUUUCGCUGCUGGCCAAGCUUGAACGGUUCCGUGCACGAGCGGCCAUUGCUCUCAAGCAUAAAGACAUGCAGGACGCCGUUAAAAAUUUGAGCGAGGCCGAAGCUCUCGUCAACGAAACACCACACGAAGGACGCCUAUCCAGAUUGGAGCUUUUGGCCACUGUUGGAGAGGAGCCUCCUGUCGCGGAACCGGGUACCAAAAGUGCUAAGCAUCCUGCAAGGAGUAAGCCAGCGUCAGGAGCCAAAGGCAGAUCAUCUGCGCCCAAAGGAAUCCUCAAGAAGUCUGGAGCGACCAAGGCCACGACGAGCGACAGGACUGGUUCCAGAAUUGUUCAGAAUGCGGUCCUGACUGGUACGUUUUACAUGAUUCAAAAAAUUGGCCUUGACCUCUCGUGCCAGAAGGCUGUCAUGUGUUUCAAGCUCGGACUUGAAAACAAAACCGAUCUUGCACGAGUGGCUGAGCUGUGCAAACAAUUCUCAAAUGAGCCUACUCGAUGCCUCAUCGAAUAUUUGAUGGCAAUGCGCAAGGUCUCUUGUGCCCUCAAAUCCGAUUUUUCGUUCAACGUAUUGCCGGAAUCGACGCUGUCAUUUCCGGCAAUCCAGCUUCCCGAUAGACGGCUGUCCGCAAUCAACGCAUUUGUGUCACCGGCCGCGAAAACAGCUAAGAAUCUCAAAAUCGCCAAAGUCGGCAGCAAGAGCACUGCGAGGGAUGAGUCGCUUGGCCGGCUUCUUCUUCAAGCCAGACAUUGCAUCAAUGUUGAAAGCAUACAAUCGAGAGCGAUUUCCACAUCUGAAGCUCAUAUGCUCUACUGCAUGCUGUCCGAUGCGUCAUUACUGCUAUCGGCUACCUCAGCAGCUGAGGCUGCAAAGGCGCUGCAUCCUGUGCAGGAAGCUAUGAGCAUCGAAUUAGCCCGCAUGUACGCGACAGAAUGUCAACUGAGUGUUGCCAAGCUCGAUGUGAACAUGAAACAGGUGUCGGACCUUCUCGCAUGGCCUCAGCCGGAAGCAAAGGCAAAGCAUGCGGUGCUCACGACACGUUCAUUCAAGCAAGAUUAUGUGGAUGUCCUGCCAAAGGCAUGGACUGCUGUGUCUCUCAGCCUGAAUCAAACAUGCGAUGAGCUCUACAUCGUACGCUACCGCCACGGACAAUCGCCUUUAGUAUUACGGCUGCCAUUCUCACGACACAGAUCUGAGGAUAGCGAGGAAGGGCAGUUCCAUUUCAAUGCUGGUAGAGCAGAACUGCAGGACAUCAUACAGCUUUCCGACUACACCUGCCACAACUCAAUAGACACAAGCAUCAAAGGAGCCAAGACCAAGUGGUGGAGUGAGCGCGAAGCGCUUGAUAAGAGGCUACACGAGCUAUUGAUGAACAUGGAGAAGCACUGGCUUGGCGGAUUCAAAGGCGUAUUCUCUCAGCACGAACAUGAUAGCGAGCAAGUGGACAAGUUUAAAAUGGCACUUGACUCUGUGCUGGCGCGACAUUUGCCAUCGCGGCGGCCAGGAAAGAAGAGCUUUCCAAAGCUGGCUCUCGACGAUCAAGUUCUGGAACUCUUCAUUGGUCUCGGUGCCGACCAAGAUGGUGAGGUGGAUGUCGACGAAGCGCUGCAAGACCUUCUAUAUUUCGUCGUUGAUAUUCUUCAAUUCAACGGCGAAUGCAAUGCUUAUGACGAAAUCGACUUCGACAGCAUGGCGAUUGAAGUGCUCGACGCACUGCGAGACUACCACGACGGCGCCGAUGGGAUUUCAGAUGGCGCGCACCUGAUCCUCAUACUCGACCGUCGCCUGCAAAUUUUUCCUUGGGAGAGUUUACCGUGUCUCGAAAAUGCGAGUGUUAGCCGAGUAGACAGCAUGGUCACACUUCGUGACCGCAUCACUCAAAUGCGAAGUCAGGGAGCUGGUAUUAUUGGUGAUUACACAGUAUCGCGUCGUUCAGGCAGCUAUGUCCUAAAUCCAUCUGGCGAUCUCAAGGACACUCAGGCUGCACUUUCGCCUGAGCUGGAAAAGCUCGCUGGGCUCGACGGCCACGAUUGGACAUCAUUCGUAGGCCAGGCGCCAACAGAGGAGCAGUUCAAGAAUGCUUUGACGACUUCUUCAAGUCUGCUGUACUUCGGGCACGGUGCAGGCUCACAGUACAUUCGCUCUCGUGCGAUCAAGAAACUUGAGAAAUGCAGCGAAGUUGUGUGGCUUAUGGGCUGUUCGUCAGGAGCCGUGACAGAGUAUGAUGAAUUGGAAGCGUUCGCUGUACCUCUAGCGUACAUGCAGGCUGGUGAUCGAGGUAGCUCUGCUCAGGAAGUUGACGAAGAAUUGGGCCGCUCCAAAUGUAUGGCUGUGGUUGCCACGCUGUGGGAUGUAACAGACAAAGACAUCGAUCGCUUCUCACUGGCUGUGGGCGAAGAAUGGGGAUUAUGGUCACCGCCGGCGGCAGCGACUGCGCUUCCUGCAAAGACACCAAGGAAGCAGAGAGGUGCUGUUGCGGCACCAUCGACACCGGAAAAGUCAAGCAUAGUGCCGAAAACGCCCAAGGCAAAGAAGACGCCUGCUCCGGCGCGAACUCCAGCUAGGAGUCGGAGUCGUGCGAGAGCAGAUGGACCAGCGAAGAAGCAGAGCUUGGUGCAGGCGGUAGCGAGAAGCAGAGACGCAUGCUAUCUGAGAUACCUGAACGGGGCUGCGCCUGUCGUGUAUGGCGUGCCUGUAUACUUGGGUGAAUGAGGCACAUACUUGUUACACGUCUACCUAUUCAGCGCCAUUUUAGCAAGGCGUUGGUGGUUGACGAUAUUUGAUUUGGAAAUGGAAGUGGUGUGGUAAUAGUCAUGAAUCUGUCCACUGCGGGUUUUCGCAUGGGCUUUGAUGCACCUAAUAAGUAUGCAUAUCCGGAUCGUAGUGAGCAUCGUCUGAGAAAUUCCUGGUCUCUAUGCCCGAUGCUUCUGCUGUAAGUGAUUGUGAUUGUCCGGCCUUGGAUGCUUUGCAAGGAAGGCGUCAUUUCCUCGUACGAGCUAGCUGGCUGCUACAUAGGGAGGGACAGGGACUAUAAUUUGAGGAUCAGGCGC